AUGGCGAAAUCUCCUAUUGUGGCACGAAACGAUGACGGUUCCUCCAUCUUAGUUCAUUUGCAGGGCGCCCACCUCACCAACUGGCGCAACAAGGAGGGCACAGAACUCUUGUACACCAGCUCCAAAGCCGUCUAUGAGAAGGGAAUUCCCAUACGCGGUGGUGUCCCAAUUGUUUUUCCGCAGUUUGGAAACAUGGGACCGCUGCCGCCACAUGGCUUCGCGCGCGUUCGUAUGUGGGCUGUGAAGGAAGUAACAAAUGGUUCUGCUUCCUUCACACUCAACGUGCCUCUUCGCGAUUUGCUUGGACACGACUCCGGCAUGAUUGCUGAGGCCCCCAUUGCGGAGGCACCGUCGGCCGAAACCGAAACAGUCGCACUUCUCUACACAAUCACAUUCAGCAACAGUCAUUUAGACCUGCAGAUGGAAAUAUUGAAUCAGCAUCCCACGAGCGUGGCGGAGUUUACCUUCGCGUUUCACACAUACUUCGCGGUGGGAAAUGUGGAGAAAACCGUGGUGGAGGGGGUGAACAUGACCUCAUAUGUUAACAACAUGGCUCCCCACCAGGGUGUGCUGCCGCCAAGGCGGUUGUGGAUAAUAAAGAAGGAAACGGACCGCACAUACUUCAACCAGGCUUGUGCCGUGCUUCUGGUAGACGCGAUGAAGGGGCACACGGUCCAUGUUUCAGGAGAAAACCUUCCAGACGUCGUCGUAUGGAACCCUCACGUGGAGAAGUCAAAGAAGUUGAAGGACCUCCCGGCAGACGGGUACAAGGAGUUUGUUUGCAUCGAGCACGGUGUCAUUGCCAAGCGAGUGAAGCUGCAGCCCCAGUUUGAAUGGAAGGGACGGCAGCGUAUCCUUGUGCUUCCCAGUUCUAAAAUGUAA